AUGGAGAAAAAAGGUUUUUUGGUGCCUACAUUUGCUUUUUUUCUUGGUGCAAUUUCAGUGGUUUUAAGUAUUCUUGCAUAUGUCAAAAGCAUAAAGAAUAAUUUAGUCGAAGAAGUAUGUGAUAGUCAUGAUUUGUCGUUAUUACAGGUUCAAGAUGUGGAUCGCGACUCAGAUGGGUUGUGUGUAUAUCCAAGUAGUCCAUCAUCUGCUCUUGGAAUAGUGGCUGCUCUAUUUCUUAUAUCUGAACAGAUCUUGAUUAGUGUUUCUACGUACUGCUUUUGCUGUUGUGAGCUACGUUGUUCUGCUCGUUGCACUGUCAUUUCCUCGCUUCUUUUCUUCGUUUGUUCUUGGAUAACAUUUGUGAUAGCAUUCAUGGGAUUAAUAUAUACCUCAAUCCUCAACAACACAACGUAUCUAGCAAAAGCUUAUCCUGGGAAGAAUGGUGAAAUUUGCAAUGUGGGAGAAUCUAUGUUGUUCCUUGGAGCUGCAUUAUGGUGCGUAAUUAGCAAUUUUUUGGGUCUCAUAUGUUAUGCCUUUUGGGUAUGUAGUGUUUAUUAUAACACAAAUAAUAAUCGGCCUACAUUACCAAUUAGUCAGUAUCACCAAGAUGUUGUUGUGGGACAACCACAUCCGCUGCCACAAACCUCACAACCCAAUGAACAAUGAUGAUAAUGUGAUAGAGUUUUGUAUGUUGGUUACAAGUAAAGUUUACGAGGGCCGAGGGGCGUUAAUAUUAGCCAGUCUGUAUAGGCAGAUUCAAAGUUGAGCGAAGAUUCGAAUGUCUUAUGACACAUAAAAAUUCAAAAAAAAAAAAUUGCAUAUUUUUAAAUCUGCCUAAAAAAGAUUAAUAGCGACGGGUUUUAUUUUAUGGCUUUUGGCUUUCCCAUAACUAUAAAGGUGUGUCCCCCUAGCUAUUGUGGUCUUAAUAUUAAGGACAACAAUGACUCAAUGAGAGACAUCUCUAAUGAUAUAGAAGUGCUUUGUAGUUGUUGAUUCUAUACCAAAACUAAAAAAAUGUUAAAUUUCUUAGGGGAAAAAAAUAAAAUAAAGGAAUAUUAUAGGUCCCAUCAAAAAAAAGUACUACUAUUUGUAUAUUGUUUCUGUUUUAAAAUACUUGCAGUUAAUUAUGAAUUAUUCUAUAGAAAAAUUUUACUAUUAGUUUUAAGUAUUUAGUACUUGGAAGCCAAUUGUAUUAACGAUCUAACUCUAGAUGUACGGCAACUACCUCGGCUUCACCAUAAUUAUCAUCAUGGAUCCGCACUUGUAAGAUACAUUUUUGUGUUU